AUGUUGCUUUUUUCCCCCAUCCACUUAGAUCAAAGUAUUUUCAAGCGGAUCCUAUGGGAAACCAUCUCCCACUCGACGUAUGUCCAGAAUGUGCACCAGAACCUGAAGAUCGGUGGGAACUACCAAAAUAUGGUAAUAAAUCAGUACGACACAGCUAUCCCCAUCUCCCAGUGCCUUUGGCACAUGUCUGGUGCAGGGAAGGAGCUGGAGGUGGGCAUGUGUGAGAUCACAGCGCUGGACAGGGACCUCAGCCACCCCAGGAGGAUGAUUGCCAGGCAGACAGCGCGGUGCGCGUGCAGGAGGGGCCAAGUGGCUGGCACGACCAGGGCAAAACCAGCCUGUGUGGAUGCUCAGCUCAUUGCCAGUAAACAGUGGUGCGGGAUGGAGCCCUGCGACGAAGGAGAGCAGUGCACUUUGUUAAUCAAUCACUCAGGAUGGAGCUGCACAAGACGACUGGGCCGAAUAAAGACCGUCACCGCAUGGGAAGUGUGUGGUGCAUUGGCUGGCCCAGUUCAUCAAGGACAGAUGUCUUAUUGGCAAGCAAGCUUCUGCCCCAGCCUGGCCCCAGGCACCCAGAGGUCUCCUGACAGCAGCAAGUCACCAGAUGCAAGAGCUGUGCCUCCACUCCUGGCUGCCGAGGCAGUCCCCAUGCCACCUUCCUGGGGCCAGGGGAGCCCUGACUGUCUGGUAUCCACAUGGGUCGAUCUCCUCGCAGCGGGGCUUUGUCUUGGCUCUGUGGACUGCACCCUGGACCUGGAGCCACCUGGGCAGGGGCCUCACUUCAUUGCUGCCAGGACCGUGCAAACAGCUCACACAAAUGGGCCGGAUUUGGUUUUAUUCCAGGCGCUCUGGAGGGUUUUUAACUGAAAUGCAACUUUCUGCAGAUCUUUUUUUGUGAAUGGAGGGAGCAACCUCUUGGUAUCCCCAGGGUCAGAGGUCUGGUGGAUACCUUUGCAGUGGCUGGGAAUUGCCUGGCCCCCCAAGACACGGAGGAAACCAGCUUGGACAGAUGUUUAAUCACAGCGGGGGCUGAGAGUCAGAGAGAUGCACCUUGAAGAAAACCGUCUCGUUUCCCCCAGUCUCUGGAGUGCAGAGCGUGAGCCAUCUCAGAGGGAGUUCCUCUUAAGAGCCGCUGAGGUCCCCUUAUCCAUGGCUUCCCAGCCUAUUCACAGCAGUUUGUACAGAGCAAGAGUCCUGUGGAGUGGGGCAAGCUGACUGCCCUCCACUUCUCAGCACGGCAUCCCCGGGGACCGCUGCGCUGAGCGGAGAGAGUGAUGAUAUAUGGAAGAUGAGACGAUCUGUUUCCAUUUGCAGUUUGUCCAUCGGCGGCUCCCCGUUUCCCCAGGUGUAUUCCACGGCCCCGAACAAGCGCCUGAGUCGUCACUAGAAAUAAAUCCUCGGCCUGCCAUCCAUUCCCAGGCAGUCUAUCAGUGGGCAGGCAACGGAAGCUGGAAGCCGAGCCACGUUAAUUUGUUUUGACCUGUCAUGCGGCCUUGUGUUUGUGCCUGCAGCUGUGGGAGUUGAAGGGGGUCUGUGUCAAGAGUUUGCUGCCCUUGGUGGCUUCCACCAGUGUCCCUGCAAAAAAACAUGUUCACUAGGCAAGAGUGAGAGUGGAAGGGAGGAAGUAUGGUGGAAGCAGGCGGGCUUCCCUGUGUGGAGGACACAUGGGUGAGGUGUUUGGCUGGAGGUGGAGGUACCAUGGGGACACAAUAUCUGACGGUAGAGCGGGAUGCGAGCUGGUGGCUGGGUUCGGAAGGGCUUGUUUGACUCCCAGCAUGGAUGGGACCUCAGUGUUAGAGGAAGGUUUGGGCAACCAGGUGGGGCUCUGCAGAAACACGUUAGGCCUGACUUUGGGGGCUUUGUCUAGAGCAAGCUUUGGAAGGCAUUGGCCGGCACGUUAGCCUAGCAUAGAUAAUGCAGUGUGCUUUUAGUGCAGGUAACACCGGAAAUGUUCAGUCCCCAGCACAGAAACACCCUAUCUUAUAUGAAUGGCAUGCUGUUUUAUCUAUGCUGGGCUGUAACCUGUUAGCAAACACCUUCCAAACCCCAGGUUCCUCUAGGCAGGAGGUGCUGAAUGUCCACAACCCACUCUGAAGCUAGCAGGCAUCGAAGCUGCAUAGGACCCCUCAGGAUCAAGCCCUUUCUCACUGUCCAUCCUGACUUCUCUAUACAGCCCUACAGGUAACAUCGUGCUUGAUGCUGGAGAAGUGAAGGCCCUUGCCCCACAGAGCUCAGAGGCAGGGCUGAGCCAAAUCCCUGGUGAGAACCUCACUGAGCUGUGGGAAGCUUGUACCAUGGGGCAAGCUCAGGGUCCUCAGGGUCACUGCCACAUGGAGAUCUGUGGUUUGCAUCUGGAUGCCUAUGCCACCAGGCCUUGAAGAAGAGGUGGGAAAAGGGAAGCAUUAGCAUAUGUCACUGGCAGACCAAGGGGACAGCUGGACAGAGAGCAGAGGCAGGCGGAGGGACAAGAAGAGGCUUAUGUGGAAUCAGGGGUCCCCAUGACUCUGAUGCUGAAGAAGAGUCCCACUGAUAAGAUCCAGCCUGAUCCCUGAGCCACAGCACCCUGUUUCCAAAGCAGUGUGCUUGUCUCUGUGCCCCGUUCCCAGAGCAGACAGGUAGCUGCGUGGGGAUUUCCCUAUAGGGUGCCAGGCUCUGGCUUUGGUGGCAGUGCACAGGGUGACCCAGCGAGACACCGUGCACACCCCAUAGAGCCAGCUGCUGCUGAGGGGACCAGCCCCUCCAUCACCUUGUAAAUACUACCAGGGCUCCCUCUCGCCUCCCGCCCCCUCCCAUCUCAUCGUGAGUCGGACUCCUGGGUCCAAGGGCCUUUUCCACUGUAAGAAAUUUCCAAAAACUUGUAAUGUCGACAUCAUCAGGAAAUAAAAUUCUAACUUUAUUAAUCAAAAGAGGCCCCUCCGGGCAGGUGCUUGUCUCUUUAGUGACUCUCCCAACCCCCAUCCCUGCCCUCGGGGCUGCUGGUGUGGGGCAGGGGAGGGUAACUUCCCGGGAGUUUGUGUUAAUGGUUCAGGAAGCAGCUACAGAACAGACCUGUCUGCAGGAGAGGUUGGAGCAAGGAGCUGCCUGGCCCUGGCCCUGGCCCUGGCCCUGCAAAAUCUCUGCUAAUGGGGCUUCUGUCCCUCCUCCAACACACCGCAGCUCUGCACUUGCAUUUUCCAGGCUUGUGGUCCAGCUGAAUGCAAGGCACUGGCUGGAGCAGUGCUGAAGCUGCUUGAUACACCAUGCUUAGCUUAGCUUAUUAGGCUCAUUAGGAUAAGGCUUGUCGCUUAAUGCGGAUCAAGCUGCUCUGAAAAGUUCAGGUUCAAAAGCCACUAACGUCUUCUCUGCUGUGGUUUCACUGGAGAGAGACUGCUGGGUUUGCAGGAGUCCAGAGGAGUUUGAUAGUGAUACCACGGCAGUAUCCGAGCAGUGCCCAUGCUUUAAUUCUCCUCCCCGUGUCCUUAGUGGUGGGGUGAGGUCACCAUCUCCAGUCAGAAAGGUUUUUCUGUGCCUCAGUUUCCCUCUAAGCUGGGCGAGGAGCUCAGUUGAAGAUCUGGCCAGAAGCCCCACAACGGGUGCUGAGGCCCCAAUUCCCACUGCAAUCAGCAUUCAAGGUCUGGCACCAUUGGGUGCUCUGAUGAGCAACAACACUGGGGCAGCGUCACU